CGUCCGUCCAUAAGCCCGCCCACCAAUGCUGCGGAGAGGCAUCGUCAACCACAUCUUGCUGUACCGAGAAUCAUUCAAUCCGCCUCAUUUUGGGCACAAAACCUUACUGACAAAUACAUUCUUCCGCAGCAGCUUUGAAAACAUGAUACCCGCGUUCGUCAUACCAAUGGUCUCAAGCGAGUUGGAGGUGA